AUGGCAUGGCAUAGUAAGCUUGGAAGUGAUGUGGAAGUUGGCGGGGCUGGAGCAAAACGCAAUCAUAACUAUCUUGGCAUGAACAGGCUGCCUGAAGAGCUCCUCACUGUUAUGUAUAUAUCGACAGAUGUGACCACGAAUCCACCAAGACUCUGCCCCUGGUCGAGAGCCGAUUUGAGGCAGCAAGCACUCCACUCGUCUUCGAGGACUUCUACAUGGGCGUAUUCGGGUACACCAGGAGCGUGUUGCUUUGGAAAGAUGCUGCUCAAAUUCUCGAAGAAUUAUUCACUGGCUCUGAAGGAGUUGGAGCUUCGUGAUAUGCGCAUCCAUGGCAUUCACCAGGCCGUCGAAGAGAUUCUGAAAGUUUUGCAGCUACGGCAUGUCUAUUUGGGGUGUCUAUGGGAUGAAUCGCCAUUUGGACACAUCUUGCCCAUUCUAUCAAGAGGUACAGUCUGGGAAGAUGUAUUUGAGCAUAGUGUCAGGAGCUAUCUCCUACGAAAGCUACCGAAUAUGCCAACACUUGCUUGCGACGGUGUACAUGACUCGGACGUGCUGACCAUCAGCUCAGGCGACGCUCGCUCGUCGGAUGGAGAUGAUGACAGCAAGCAAGACGGAGAGGCUCGUGAUGAGCUGAGCAUUGAGAAAGGCAAGCCUCGCCUUCUUAACCUUGGAUUGCAAAUUCUGCUGGGUACGAUGUACGAUACCCCAACUUGA